AAGCCCCGCAUCUGACCGCAUCUCUUGACAACGCACUCUACCAACAGCCCAAAGCCCCGCCCCUUCCGGCCCCGUUCCCUAGCAACGGCCUCAACACUCAGCCCGCUAUGCUCGGCACUGCUAGACAGAGCCCCUCUGCCCUCUCGCCGCUGUCGCCAAACGCCCUUCGCGGCCUGUACGCCUGGCUGGACAGGCUUCCGCUCAGUCGCCCCAAACGCCACCUGGCCCGGGACUUCAGCGACGGCGUGAUGCUAGCAGAGAUUGUGAAGCACUUCCACCCCCGGCUUGUGGACCUGCACAACUACAUCCCCACCUGCAACACGGACCAGAAGCUCAGCAACUGGAGCAUCCUCAACAGGAAAGUCUUUCACAAGCUGCGCUUCUGUGUCUCAGAGACUGACAUCCGUAAGGUGGUGGCCAAUACGCCUGGAGCCAUCGAGCCCAUCUUGUGCGUGCUGAGGGACAAGGUGGAGAGUGGUGCUGCUUUCGCCAACCCACCCAGCACAGCUGAUCCAGGAUUGUCCAGAGUCGAUGCUGUUGGACCUUGGGCAGAGCUUACCACCCCCCCACACACUGGCGUGAACACCCUUCAGAAUCACGGGGCUCUGGAGAGGAUGGGCUGCAGUGCUUGUGGAGGCGGGGACCCCGGUGUCCAGCAGCUGCUGGAGGACAAGGAGCAGGCGCUGGCCAUCCUGCAGGAGGUAGUUAAGAUUUUGCAGAUGAAGGUUGUCAGGCUGGAGCAUCUGGUAAAGCUGAAGGACCAGAAGAUUGGCGAGCUGAUGAGGAGAUGUGGACAGGAACAGCGCCGGGGACCCCCUGGAGGAGCUACUCUUCCCAAGGCAGCUAAACCCUGAACUUGAACCCCACCUGAAACCUCCCCAAGACCAGAGGAUUUUCCUGGGUGUGGCCAUGUACUGUCCAGCAGGCCCAGAACAGGGACAUCUAUGUAAAAAAUACAAGUGGUUGGGGGGAGGGACUCCCUCAGUGGCUAAUCUUCCAGAAGUUUCCACUAAGUGUCAUCCAAGGCUCUUGUCACUCCAGAAACAGAUUUGGACAAAAAGACUUAGGUCUGAU